CUCCCCUUCACCACUGUGUACAAAUCUCAGCCGACACUUUUCAAUUCCCACCCGUUCCUUUUUUCACUAAAACCCUAAAUUUCUCGCUUCAGUCUUCCCCUCCCACUCUCAAGUCAACCACCAGUUGAAUUCGAUUUUGAAUCAAAUGAUGGAAUGAUUUGUUGAAAACAAAAAGAGAAAAUGGGGGAUUCCGAUAGGGAUUCCGGUGGAGGGAAAAACGGGAACAAUCAGAACGGACAGUCCUCGUUGUCUCCCAGGGAGCAAGACAGGUUCUUGCCGAUCGCUAACGUCAGCAGGAUCAUGAAGAAGGCCUUGCCCGCUAACGCCAAGAUCUCCAAAGAUGCCAAAGAGACCAUGCAGGAGUGUGUCUCCGAGUUCAUCAGUUUCGUCACCGGAGAAGCCUCCGAUAAGUGUCAGAAGGAGAAGAGGAAGACCAUCAACGGCGACGAUUUGCUCUGGGCUAUGACCACUCUAGGGUUUGAGGAUUAUGUUGAACCAUUGAAAGUUUACUUGCAGAGGUUUAGGGAGAUCGAAGGGGAGAGGACUGGACUCGGGAGGCCACAGACUGGUGGUGAGCCCGGAGAGCAUCAGGGCGAUGCUGCUGGUUUCUACGGUGGUGGUGCUGGGAUGCAGUAUCACCAACAUCAUCAGUUUCUUCACCAGCAGAACCAUAUGUAUGGAGCCACAGGUGGCGGUAGCAACGGUGGAGCUGGGGCUGCCUCCGGUAGGACAAGAACUUAAAUACAUAUUUAUAUAUAUACACAUGCCUAUUUUUACGACCCAUAAAAAUUCGUAAUUAUCGAUGUAUAAGGUAUCAGAUGACGAACAUUGGCGUUGGUGAUGUAAAUUACAUCAGAUGUGCAUUUAAGGGUUUAGAUUUUGCGGCUGUGUAAAGAGGAUUAAGUGUGUUUGUUGAACAAUAGGAUUCACUAACGAAUCUGCUUUAUUGAAUCUUGUAUGUAACCUAAAGCCAUUAUAUUGGAUUUGGAUCGCACUGAACUGAA